AUGACGGUCUCUAACACGGUUCCGCGCUUUGCCACCUGCACCAUCGGACAGUGUACAAGACCUGCAGUCCGAGGGCUCAGUUGCGGGAGAUGUAAGAAUCACCUAUGCGUCAAACAUCAGUCUUCUCAAUUUCAUGGAUGCCCGUCGGGCUCACAGGCAUCGUGGGAGAAGGCAAUCGAUGACGAAGUCGCGGAGCUGCUGUCCGCUCUGGAUGCAAACGAGCUGGCAAGAGUAGCAAGCUCCCUCAACGGUGGAAAUCCUUGCGUCUUUCGGCCUGGCCAACACCUCGGCACUGGCGCGAUCAUGGGCUGUGCCAACUAUCACGGAUGGCUAGAUUUUGAAGACGGGCAGAAAUGGCUCGUUCGAAUCCCCCGAACGGGUUUCGGUACUGUUCCAGCGGAUCUCAUUGAAUACUUUGUCGCCCGCGAAUACGCUACUCUGAAGUUUCUCGAGACGACAAAAGUACCCGCUGCUAAGGCGUUUGGGUCCGGGUUGGCCUCCGAUCCUGCGAAUCAUGUCGGAGUCAACUACAUCCUCAUGGAAGCGCUACCGGGAAAGCCGUAUUAUUCGCAUGAGGCCACAGAAGAUCAAAAGAAACAUGUCCUUGCACAGAUUGCUGAUGUCAUGGUCGAGAUUAGCAACCACCCUUUCCGUUUGGCCGGGUCAUGCGUCGUGGAGGACGGGCAAGUGAAAGUUGCAGAAGUUGCCAGUGACCGCUUCAUAAACCUCGGCAGAUAUGGCCCAUUCGAAUCAGACGCGGCAUACUUUGCAAGUAUCAUCGAGCAGCACCUCGAUCUUAUCGCUGAUGGACAAUUGUAUCACACAUGUCCGAAAGAAGCAUUUCUCUUCUAUCGACUCUUCGCUCAAAACAUUGACGAACUUUGCGGAGACGAGCCUAGAGACACUUUCUUCCUGAAACACGUGGACGACAAAGGUGACCAUAUAUUGAUCGACGACAAGUACAAUAUAGUUGGCAUUAUCGAUUGGCAGUUCGCUCGCACAGUACCAGCACGCGAAGCGUUCGGCCCUUCUUUAUUGACAGCCGACCUUGAUUGUCUGUAUUCUGGGAAAGCGGGAAUUACAAAGGAUGAUAUGGAGAUUGACGGAGCAUUGAGAUUGCGCGGGCGCGAAGACCUAGCGACAUUCGCCAGUGGAGACGAGUUAAUCAGGAGAUUCCAACUCGGACUCCCAAGUGGGUUCACUCGAGCCGAAAUCCGUCAGUUGACCAAGGCCGUCCUUGUCACGCUCAGACCGGGAGAAGAUGAUAUCAACAUGGAGGGAUGGGAGAGCGAUGAAUGGGUCCGCUGUCGUGAUGACUAUCGGACCACACAAAUAGAGAGCUUGAUAUCAGAACAGAUCUCACUUCAGAUGAUGUAG